UCUGUCUCGUUUCACUCAUUCGAUCACCAACAUUUCACCCUUUGACCAUCCAUCAAACAUGAUCUCUAAAUGGUUUAUCAGACUGAAAGCAUUGGAAGAAGAAGUCCCAAAGGAAUAUCAUUAGACCACUUUUCGAUAUUGUACGGUCUGACUGGCGAGCACGUGACAGGCCAUUCAGUCAUCUCUCGUCCAUCCGCAGCUUCUCAGCUCUCUUUUCAGACUGUUCCGUGGUCUGACGUCACCAGCAGAACGAUCGGAACGUUUAACAAGCGGAAAGGGAGCGGUAACGCGGAGCUGAGCUUGUUCCGGAAUCUCGAUUAAGUCUGGUCUGGUAGAGGCAGGAAAAUUGCGACGUCGUUCGUCGCGGCGCAUCCAGCUACGACUGGUCACACUCCGGAGAGCAUGAACGGUCUGCGAGUAACUGUACCGGACUUUUUUUUUCUACACCUCUGUCUCUCUCGUUUUCUCCAGAGGGGCCAGGACCUAGUUGAACCGUGCGAAAACUUUUCCGCCUUGUGACCCGUAUUUCGUCGGUUUUGUUCUGCAGUUUUAUUCUGGCCAUUUAAUAACCGCCCGUCACAGGAGAUCAAACUUUUUACUUGGUGGGAGGCGAAGUAUCUGUUGAGAAAUGUAUUUAGAAAUGAGGACUUGUGAAUAUUUCUGCGGCACAGAACUUUGUAACUGUAAUAAUACAACAGCUGUUGUUUAAAAUUGACUGGCUGGUCAAAGAGUUCAAAAUUCCACAGUUAUCCAGCCGCUCUUAAAACUCCCUCUUCCAUGUCCCCGCACGAGGACUGCAGCAGAGACAAAACGUUGUCUCGUUGUUCCAACUCUUUUCAUCCGGUACGAUGUUUGGCCGGACCAAUUUUUCCCUUCGAUACUCAAAGCAUUGAACGAAGCACUCACUUCUGAGGAAGAGAAAAAGAGGCUUGUCAAAGUGGUUCCAGCACAAUGUAUGAUUGAAGGAAAAAUCAAAGGAAUUUUAUAGGAUGAAUCGUACACGCAGAUGACGCGAUGACGCUGCAUUGGUGGAUGCACUGGUUCUGGGUUACCGCUCAAUUUCUCGUGAUCUUAGGAAACCCAGUGCCGUCGAGUACGGCAGAGCCUCGUGGCCAGGUGCAGGAUCGCCUGAGCUCAGAACCAACUCCCGAAAUCACCUCUAUCGAGACAGAAGACCCAGAACAACGUCCAAGCUUCCGUGUGGCAAAAGCUAUUGGUCUUCAUCCUCCCACAAACACUGCUGUGAUCUUGGAUCGUCCAUCGAGCACUAUUUCAACGCCCAUGGAGGUCCAUGCUAGCGUUGUCGAGACCAGUACAAGUCCGUUAAUAGAAGAAUACUAUGGAAACACGAGCAAUGCCGUGAAUCUUGAAUCUAUCAAGAGUUUCACACCUCAGAGGAUCACAGUAAGCGCAGAUAGGAUCCGAAAUCCAGUAACGAAGAAAGACAGCAAAAUCACGUGGAUCCUAACGACGAAUAAAACUGGAGGCAGGUCCAAGUACGAGCAGGAAGAGAAAGUCGAUGAAAAUGGGAACAGGAACGCCAGCAUGGACGUAGAUGUGGAGGAUCUCACGGUGCUACCUCUUCAAGAAGAGGUGUCUAGAAUCAGGCUGGUUCUGAAUAAAACGAAAUCGUCCUCGUCCUCUUCCUCUUUGUCAUCGUCGUCGAUCGGUGGUUCUGGUAUCAGAAUGUUUAAUCGGUCAGAUGACGUUGAAAUAGACGAGGAGUUCAUCGAGCCACAGUUGUUCGCUACUGCUGCAUCGAUUCUCGAAGUGGGAGUGAGCGAAUCUACACGGCUAAGCAGAGCGCGUAGCGCGUUUCCCAAAGAUUUCCAAAGGGAUCAGGUACAAGAAGAGCAUCUUUCCGAUUACAAUGAGAGCAACAGCGAGAACUCGAAGCAGGAGAGCGCGCCCAGAUCGGCGGUAGACAUUGCCGCUAUUACCGGAAGCUGCCUAGCGACUGUGGUUCUACUCAGCACAAUGGGUAGCCUUGGAUUCAUUAUGUACAGGCGUAGGUACCUGAAUCCGCCGCAAACGUUAAAUAGCGAUAAAUGCAGCAAUCCUGAUAGUUCAGGUUACAUCGAUGAUUCCACUAUUCGCGAUAAUUCCGAGGAAAUGUACAGCUUGGAUAAUGAUUCGUUCCUAAAUUCGUUAGAGGCGAUGACAAUACAAAAUUACUGGACAGACAGUGUGAAACAUACAAAGCUAUGACAAAAGAAGAUCAUUCAACCCGGAAGGCGAAUCGAAACGUUCAGUAUUUCCGAUGGUGAAGCACACGAACAAGUAUCGUUGUUGGAACAGUAGUACUUACAUAUUCGAUGCGUGCCACCCGUUUUCUCGAACGAACGGAAGAACGAGAAUUGUACCGUAGUAGUCCUUUAAACGCGCAAGAACGUAAUUUCUUUUUUGUUUUUUAUCAAAUUGAACUUGAUCACUAGCGAUUCUCGUUGCAAACGAACAGUCGUACAAAAUGUUUUAAAACGUUUUCGCAGACUUUGCAGUUUCUUCAAAGAAAAUUGACGAUACAUCAAAAUUGCAGGGCGCGCGCGCGCGCGCGUAUUUCUAUAUUCGCGUUAUACGUCGCUAUUGUACGCACGACGUAUAGCGGGGAAUAUUAUGCAUAUGCCUGAAUUUUGAUUUCGUCACUCGCAUCGUUUUCUCUAUUUUUCUACCGCGAUGAUAAUUGGCAAAAGUCGAGUUUAAAGAAGGAAGCG